GGCCCGGCGGCUGCCCUGGCGGUGCCGCUGGCCCGCGGAGGGCGCGCCCGCGGGCGUGGCCGGGGCCUGCGAAGAUGCUCGCCGCGGCGUCAAGUACAACUUGUUUCCCCGGCUGGACAUCCUCGCGUACAUGAAGAGCAUACACGUGGCGUACCACCCUGGCAGGGAGCGGACGGAGGUUGCCCGGAAGCUCGUCAUGCACAUGCAGUCGAAGGCGACGCAGAAGAAAUUCCCACAGCUGAAGGCCUCGUGGGAGAUACUGGGCUACAGCACCCCGGCCACGGUGGACGUCGAGCUCGUGAACGGGCACAAGCGCCGCAUCAUGGUGGAGCGGUACAGCCUCCACGAGAUGCAGGACCUCAUCGACAGG